UAUCCAAGUCUAUCCGUUCGCGGCUUCGGGCGAUUUGGCGCGUGAUUUUGUGUGAGAUGAACUUGUGCGUGCUAACGGGUUGAACAAAUAUGACGUGAUAGCGCCAGCAGCAAUGGAGCUCUUCGAUGCCUCAUCGCCUGGUCGUCAUGGAGGCCAGAACUGUAAUCAGUCGUCCAUCAAAGAACUGCUGCAGCAGGUGUACAGCGCACACAUUGGCGUAACUCAAGGCCUGCAGAAGCAAGUCUCGUCAUUGACUUCACUCCUCUGCGAAAAGGAUCGAGAGCUGCGCAAUGUUUCCUGCCAACAUUGUGCGUCCGUCAAGGACACCUUUGAGCGCUACAAGGCCAGCUACCAGCAGAUCAUCGAGAAGCUUGAGACCAAGAUUAGCCUGCUUGAGGGAAAGGUUUCUUCACAAGAGAAAGAGCUUCGUGGAAGAAAUGUCAGCCCCGUUGUCAGUGGCACUCCACAACGGUCAACCAGGAGCGAAUGUAGACGGCAGUUGCUGAACUGCUCGGUCAGCCCCAAAUUGUGGGACUCGGUUCUGCAAGAAGACUCGCCAAGGGACACAAGCUGUCUUGUACCUCCCUCUCCUACCACCACUGACGAGCCUGCUGAGUGCGAGGAAGCCCUGGAGGCAGCCAUGUGCACGGCUGUGAUAAACGGUAAAAGCAAAAAGUUGCCACCACUCGCGGUGCAGACGGUGCCAGAGACACUGGAAAUAGAACUCUACUGUGGUGGUGUCGUUAAUGAAAUUACGUCGUACCAGCCGCCGCUUUCAGCAAUCGCGGAGAAAGAGGAAAGCAGCGGUGAGGAUUCCGUUCGAUCGAGGGGAAAUGCACCUACCGAAGUGGCAAACAAUCAAAGGUUCAUUGAUUGUGCAAAGGAACAAGAAAAAACAGGCGCUGAAGCACCUGAGAGUGAAUCAAGCCUGCUGGGUAUAGAUGAACAGGAAGACAGAAUCACCGAUGCUGAGUCAGAGGGGUCUCCGAGUCUUCUCCAGCAGGACAAAGUUGCACAUCCUGUGCCGCCCCGUGAGACAUGGGACGAUGAUGAGGUGCCACCAACAAGUGUUGCGUCAGGCACGACUCCUGCACAAUCUCUGUCUGAAGUGUCAUGCCACAAGAUACUCAAUGUGAUGGAUGAUGGAGACAAAUCGCCCAGUCUACUUGAUGUGUUUGCUGCACCGAAGAGCACUGCGGCCCCUGUUACGAGUGAGGUGGCGGUGAAAGUGGUGGGCUCCUCUGGUCUACCUGCCACUGAAGUGACUGUGUGUGACGAUGACUUGGAUCCCAAAUCAGUGUUGCCGAGCGGCAGCAAGCUUUCCCUUUUGAGGAAGCGGCGUGCGUCACCUACCGAGGCUGCCGAUGUGUCCAUUGUUCAGCCUCCGAGCAGAGCAAAACGGAAAAAACAGACCAAGCUAUCUGACAGGUACUUCCUCUCAAUAAACCGUACAACAGUCCCUGCAACCAGGUCCUCCAGCAGAUCCACAAAAAAGGAAUUGUCGCAGACACACGUGGACACUCAUUUCACGGAGGACUCGCUUUUCUCCAUGCAGAGGAAGCACGUCGACCUAGACGAGACAUUUGUUUCACCCGGACUUUUGCAAGAUUUCAAGACGCCACCUGCGGCCACAAUUUCGGGCUUGCCAGGUGCUCUGGAAAAUGGUGGCACCCCUGAAGUUAAACAAGAUUCCGACAAUGCUGGAGCCAACCAUGCUCAAGAAGCCAGCAGCAGCAGCAGUCAAGAGGAGCCUGUGAAGUACCACAACAGCCCCGUGCGCAAGAAGGCGGAUCGCCAGCGGCUACCGGCGCACGACUGCAAGGAGUGCCAGGAGUUCUACGGGCGGCUGGCCCUGCCCGAAGCCCAGCGCAAGGACCUGCUGCGCAAGUGUUCGCGCCACCGGGCCCACCAUGCUCCUCCGUCGACGCCGGAGAACUUCUGGGAGCUCGACUUUCCCGACACGCAGGAGUGCCGCGAGAGGGGUUACCUGAACGCGACGCAAAAGUACGUCUUCGGUUCCAAAGGUCUGCGUAAGGAUGGCCGGAAGUGAGCGUGUGGAUCUACCGGAGAUGGUCCACCGACGUUGCUGCGGUUGAACAAAAGGAAAGGAAGAGAGAAGUGCUUUACCGUCCACGACACAAGCACAUGGUGCUGGUUCAUCAAUUCCUUAUCAUAACAUGAGAUAGGAGAGAUAUGGCUGCUCGUUAGGCUGUCUCUGGACGAACAGCUUUACUUUCGCUGCUUGCGUCACUUAUGAAUGAAACCUUCGUGCAUUAUCUUUAGAACAUCACUUCGAGGAAUAUAUCUUAUGCUUCAUUCAAAAGAUAUUCCCAUAUAUGUUGUUGACAAAAUCGCUAGUGCCAUUGCACUUAUGUAAUAUACUGAACUAAAUUUAUUAAAUGUAAUUGUGGUGUGGGCA